CAAUGGUCAUACUGCUGUGCUAGCCAAACAUAAACAAAUUUAUUUAGUUUUAUUUUAUACGAAAAUUAAUCUAUUACUAAGCUAAAAGCAUGAGUGAUGCAGAGGAACCCAAAACUGAAGCACCCCCGAAGGUUGUUUUCAAAAAGUCAGGACGAAAAAACCUGCGACAGCGCAAGAAUUCAGAUGAAGAAGAAAAAGAGGAGCAACUCACCCUUGACGAGAUUAAGGAGCGGCAGCGCCUGAGACAAAGGCCCAAUGGCGUCAGCCUAGUGGGUCUAGCGCUGGGCAAGAAGAUCGCUCCCGAGGAGGAGCUGGCCAUCAAGGAUCCCUUCAACGUGAAGACUGGCGGUCUGGUCAACAUGCAGCAGCUGAAAUCCGGCAAGAUGAAGGAGGUGGACGACGCCUACGACGUGGGCAUUGGCACCCAGUUCUCGGCGGAGACGAACAAGCGGGACGAGGACGAGGAGAUGAUGAAGUACAUCGAGCAGGAGCUGCAAAAGCGCAAGGGAGGCGGCACAGAGGCCGCAGCGGAGGACGACGGGGAUGUGAACAAGUACCUGACGCCCGAGGACGCCGCUCUGUACGCCCUGCCCGACCAUCUCAGGCAGUCGUCCUCGCACAGAUCCGAGGAGAUGCUGUCCAAUCAGAUGCUUAAUGGCAUUCCAGAGGUGGACCUGGGCAUUGUGGCCAAGAUCCGCAACAUCGAGGCCACCGAGGAUGCCAAGCAAAAGCUGCUGCAGGACGCCAAAAACAAGAAGGACGGACCCUCGCAGUUUGUGCCCACCAAUAUGGCGGUGAACUUCAUGCAGCACAAUCGAUUCAACAUCGAGGAUAACAGCGAUCAAAGGAGACGCAAGCGGGAGGAGAGGGAGGGCAACAAGUCGGCCCAGCACCAAACCAACCCCAAUGGAGUCAAGCGCGCCACAGACGACUACCACUAUGACAAGUUUAGGAAGCAGUUUCGCAGAUAUUAAAAGUGCCAGCAAUAAAAAGUACAAAUAUUUUAUUUUUAAGAAA